AUGAAGUUACCUAUAGUAUGUGAUCCACUAUAUAAUAGGUAUGUGACACAUUUAAUGUCUAAACAUCUAAAAAUAUAUAAUAUCAAUUUAUGCUUAAUUUUUAAUAAGAAACAGUUUUAAUAUCAGGUUAAUAUCGUGAAAUAUUUGACAUAAUGUUGCAAUAGAAUGUAACAAGUGAAAAGGAACAAUUAAAUCCGAAUUGGUGAAUUGUACGACAUAAAUGUUAUUUUUAACGGACUGAGGAAUAUAAAAAAUACCGGAGAAAAAUAUUUUGCAAUAUUAAAAUGUUUUAAUUAUUUUAUCCAGGUAUUUAGUCAUAAAGGUACUUUUAUUAAAACACUCAUAAAAAUAUGUGUGCAUAUUACGUUUCGCUUUUUCACUAAAUUUACGUGGAAGAACAUGUAUUUUAAAUAAAAUUUGGUAUAUUUGAUAUUUAUAUUUUUAUUUUAAUAUUAAACUGAAUUGGAAACUGAAUUUAGUGGUUUAUGAAUGUUUAAAUUAAUUUUCAUCUAAACACUAGAAUAUUCACACUGUGUAAAGCGUUUGAAAAAUAAACAGGAACUAAUGGUAUAUUUAUGUCGGCGAUAAUGUACGUACAUUUGGCAAAAUGAUAAGAAGGAAACAUUGUUUCGUAUAAUUUGCUCAAGAUUACUCAGAAUUUUAUGAUAUAUUUUAUCUCGCGAUAGGAUAAAACAUUCGUUGUUGUCUUUAAUUAACUGUCCUCGAGAGUUUUACUUUUGUAAUUAAAAUUACCUUCAUAAAUUUAAUAAACAAAGUGGUCUCUGGAACGUAGUGGUACUGCAGUCCCUCUAAACUUGUACUAUUGAAAGUUGCGCAUUAUCUUUUGAUUUAAUGAAGAAUCGUUGAUGUUACGUUCCUGACUGUCACGUUCUUUUUGUGUUAGUAGUACAGAUAGACUGUAGUUACAACAGGUCUGCAGCUUCUACGUUUAGGUAAUUUAUCGCAAUAAUUGCGUAAAAUGUAUUUAAACAUCGCCAGAGGAGUUAUCAAAUUAAUUACUUGCGCAGAACUCGUUAGUUCUGAAGCUUUCGUAGUAAGAAAAUGCAGACUCCCUCGCGGAAAAAUGCUCGCGUAUACUUUGUCCUGAAAUAUCAGUAUUGAAAUUACAAAAAUCAAUACCCAUUUCAUUUCUGCUCGGCACAAAGCUUAUAGAUAGACAUUUUGCUUGCUAUGCGUGUAUAACAUAUUGGUUUCCAGGUAAUUGAAUUAAAAUAUGUACUGGUUCAAAUCAAAAUUGUAUUAGUUCGGAAAGUAAUCGUUGUAAUCAAUAUUAAUUGAAGUAACUUUAUUCGCAAUUUUUCAGCUGCUUUUUGCUAUUAAUUCGUAUGAAAAAAGCAGCUGUAUCGUUACUGGUAAAAUCAUUGCAGCGCACUCACUGUACAGUAUCUUUUUAAACGAUGAGAAGGUCAUGUAAGGUAUUGUACUACUUAGACGUCUGACGAAAGUUGUCCUUAUCUACUGCGGUUGGAUGCACCCGAUAUAAAUACCGCGGACAUUACGUUUAUGAUUAAGUAAAAUUUUGUUACGUUACUGUAUCACUUCUAAACAAAAUUAUUGCACGUUUUUUAAUAAAAUUGAAUUGCUAUUGAAAAUAUCACGUGCAAACGAAAAAUUCACCUUAAAUUUAAUUCUGCAACGGUUUAAAGCAAAUAUCGCGACAAUAUCGCGUAUGUACCGUUGAAUUGCCCUGUAGAAGACACGGAUAUCGCUUUAUUUUCGAGAUUGAAUCGAAUUUAGAGGAUAGAUAAUUGUAACGAAUCUAAUUGGUUUCAACACUCCCUCCCGUUUUUCGAUCGCAAUUCGGUCGGUAAGGUCACGGUCGUAAUGCUCGCCGACAUCGUGCGUUGCUAUAAGUGCACUUGGCCGGGCGUGUGUGCACGAUCUGGCGCGUGCGUAAACACAGAAGAGAACAAACUUUCGAGGCGGCUACAGGGGGUGAGUUACCCCACCGUUGCCGCUGCUGGCCGACAAGCGCGCCGAGCGAUCCUCCACCAGCACGUGCAGUCAACUUUAAACGCACAUACACACGUUCGCCGCGAUGUCCUCAGUUUGAGCCAUUGAAACACAUUACUUUUUGCUCGCGUUCCGCGCUUCACGCAGCGGGAAGCUCGGAUACUUUCCUUCGAGUGUUCGUAAAUUUCAAAACUGCGAUGAUGACAAAAGUAAGUCAAUGUUUGAAAUGAAGUGACUUGAGAGACUGUUUGAAAAUAAGUUUCGAGCUUUGCAAUGAGAAUCGUCACUCUGUUGGACAAUUUCGUUCAGAAUAUUCAAUUCGUUCCGGACAAGUGUAUAGAACGAGAGUUUCAAAGUGCGAGAGAAGCUUUUGUUUUUUAUUCGAUUUCAGUUCAAAAUUCCGUAUUAUUUCUCAUCUUUGUAAAUGUUUUUUUCUUUUCUUAUUCAAUUUUAUUAUCUCGUUUAUUAUGUAAGAGAUGAAAGAAACAAUAGGGUUGCCCUACGUAGUGUUGAAACAUUUAAAUUUGAUACGACUACUCGGAGGAGUUUAAUAUUCAUUCUGUCACGCUGUCGACAUUUACCGUUUGAGAAUUAUAAUAACAAAGAAUGCAGACAUCUGUAUACGGAUAGUUUGAGCACGAUCACGGGUGUAAACGUUGAUACAGAGACGUUGAUGCAGAGUGUAGCGUCGCGGCGCGCGUCAUCUUCUAUCUCGCUCGGCUCCAGUUCGUCCCUCUUUGUCUCGGAAAAGUUUCCGGUGAUGAGCUUUGUUGGCCGUUUCCCCUGCAGGACGGAAAAGUUAAAUGCGAAAGUUUUAUCCGAUAUCCAGUUCCACGACGCUGCUGGAAAAAGGGAUCUACGCACACCGUCACGUCGAGAUUUGGAUACCGUUGAUAAUUAUAACAAUGGCGUCAAAGAAGACGAGGCAAAACCAUUCUAUACAGCACUUGCUAGAGCUGCCAAGCAACAGAGAGACAAAAUUGCCGUUAUAUUCUGUGAAGGAGUCGAUCCAAACGCCACUCAUUCCAACCCCUCGACAGGUCCCGGUAACUGUGCUGCAUCCCUCGCCGAAAAAGGUAAGUGAAGCAUGAAUAAGUCAUCAAAAAUCUUUUGUUGUCAUUCAAUUUUCAGGAACAUAAAGAUCAAUUAUCGUCUUCUUUCUUUUCGUUGCCGUUGCGUUAACAAUUCUUUGAAGGACCGCGGUAUUAUUAUUAAAAUUGAACGUUAGUUAAAAAUUCACUUACAAUCCUGUUUCGAUGAGACAUAAUUAAAUAUAAAAUUAAUUACGUCUAUCAUUUAAGUACUAAGAAGUAGCGGGUUAUUUUCAUAAUCUUUCUGUCAACAGCAUUUUCACGGUAUAAACGUUCUUCUUUAUGAAACCGGUGAUUAAAAUUCUACAAGUCAUUUGUGCAGUAAUUGUUUCGUAAAAGAAUAAGUAACGAAGUUUCAAAGUUUAAUGACAAAGACAUGGAUCUCGUCGUUUGAAGAUACUUUUGAAAUUUUUCUGAUUGAUCGUUUAUAUGAUUGCCUGUUUAACAUAAAGUUACUUCCCUACUAACUUUUUCAAACUAUUUAAUUAAAAGUGACAUUUUUUGUGUAAUUUCUCGAAAUUUUGUCUUCCUUUUCGAGAAGUGUAAAGUUUAAUAAAAUCUGCUUUCUCAUUUGCGAAUAUUAUAUUUGUUGAAAUUAGAUAUUUAAAGUUAAAGCUAAAUUAUAA